AGCUGCAAAGAGAAAAGGCACUCGAAUUCUUCCGAGUCUUGACCUUCGUACUGCUCUUCCUGAUCAUAUCCCUAUACCUGUAUCGGUUCGCCUUCUAAAGGACGAGGACAUCAGAGGCGGCUCUGUGGAUUAUUGUGCCGCAGCAAAGAUGCCCAAAUUACCAGCAGUUGGCAUUGAUCUUGGUACCACGUACUCGUGUGUCGGUGUCUUCCAACAUGGCAAGGUGGAGAUCAUCGCCAACGACCAGGGCAACCGCACCACGCCCAGCUAUGUGGCUUUCACGGAGACGGAGCGUCUGAUCGGUGAUGCGGCCAAGAACCAAGUGGCCAUGAAUCCCAACAACACGAUCUUUGAUGCCAAGCGGUUGAUUGGGCGCCGGUUCGACGAUGCCACCGUCCAGUCGGACAUGAAGCACUGGCCCUUCGAGGUUGUCUCCGAGAACGGGAAGCCGCGCAUCCGGGUGGAGUACAAGGGCGAGCGGAAGAGCUUCUAUCCGGAGGAGGUCUCUUCGAUGGUGCUGACCAAGAUGCGUGAAACGGCGGAGGCCUAUCUGGGUGGCACUGUGACCGAUGCGGUGGUGACCGUGCCCGCCUACUUCAACGACUCCCAGCGCCAGGCCACCAAGGACGCGGGUGCCAUUGCCGGGCUGAAUGUGCUCCGGAUCAUCAAUGAGCCGACGGCAGCUGCGAUAGCCUAUGGAUUGGACAAGCAAGGCACCAGUGAAAGAAAUGUCCUGAUUUUCGAUCUGGGUGGCGGCACCUUCGACGUCUCCGUGCUGACCAUCGAGGAUGGCAUCUUCGAGGUCAAGGCCACCGCCGGCGAUACCCACCUUGGCGGGGAGGACUUCGACAACCGACUGGUCACUCAUUUUGUGCAGGAGUUCCAGCGGAAGCACAAGCGGGAUCUGGCUCAGAACAAGAGGGCCCUGAGACGCCUGCGGACGGCCUGCGAGCGGGCCAAAAGGACACUCUCCUCCUCCACUCAGGCCAGCAUCGAGAUCGACUCCCUGUUCGAAGGUGUCGACUUCUACACCUCGGUGACCCGGGCCCGGUUCGAGGAACUGAACGGAGACCUGUUCCGGGGAACGAUGGAUCCGGUGGCGAAGGCCCUGCGGGAUGCCAAAAUGGACAAGGGCCAGAUCCACGACAUCGUGCUCGUGGGAGGGUCAACUCGGAUCCCCAAAGUGCAGCGCCUGCUGCAGGAUUUCUUCAACGGCAAGGAGCUGAACAAGUCCAUCAACCCGGACGAGGCUGUGGCCUACGGAGCUGCCGUCCAAGCAGCUAUUCUUCAUGGCGACAAGUCGGAGGCCGUGCAGGACCUGCUCCUGCUGGAUGUCACUCCCCUAUCCUUGGGCAUUGAGACUGCCGGCGGGGUUAUGACGACGCUGAUCAAGCGGAAUACCACCAUACCCACCAAGCAGACCCAGAUCUUCACCACCUACGCGGACAACCAGCCGGGCGUGCUCAUCCAGGUGUUCGAAGGCGAGCGGGCCAUGACGCGGGACAACAACAUCCUGGGAAAGUUCGAGCUAACGGCCAUACCGCCGGCUCCGCGGGGUGUGCCCCAGGUGGAGGUAACCUUCGACAUCGACGCCAAUGGCAUCCUCAAUGUGACGGCUCUGGAGAAGUCGACGGGCAAGGAGAACCGCAUCACGAUUACCAACGACAAGGGUCGCCUCUCCAAGGACGACAUCGAGCGGAUGGUGAACGACGCCGAGUCCUAUCGGCAGGCGGACGAGGAGCAGCGGGACCGGGUCAAUGCCAAGAACCAGCUGGAGUCCUAUUGCUUCCAUCUCCGCUCCACCCUGGACGAUGAGCAGCUUCGUACGCGUAUCAGCGACACCGACCGGGAGACAAUCCUUCAGCGCUGCAACGAGACCAUAUCCUGGUUGGACUCUAACCAGUUGGCGGAGAAGCAGGAGUUCGAGCACAAGCAGCAGGAGUUGGAGCGCAUCUGCAGUCCCAUCAUGACCAGGUUGUACCAGAGCGCCGGCAUGCAACAGCCUCCGCCUGCGCAAUCGGGAAACUCUAGUGCUGGUGGACCCACCAUAGAGGAAGUGGACUAGGUCCUCCCAGGCUUCUCCACCGCGUGAUUUCAAAUAUUUUGUUCAACAAGCCCCCAAAGUACAUCGAAUCCAAUACAUACAUUGAAUUCAACAUUUUUAUAUUUCAAAAUUGUUUGUUUUGCCUAGAAAUUGCAGAAAUAUAAAGACCAGAAAAUUAA